GUUGGCACUAUUUGUAUAAAAGGCUGUCAUAAGAAGUAUAAUUCAAAAAAUGUAGGUUAGUUUGAACAUUACCGAAAUUACAGCUAUAUUUUACCAAACAAAAAAUAAAUAAACAAAUAAAAACUGAAAAUGCAAAAUCAACCAACAUUUGGUUUUGGAGCAACUGGGGCACAGCCGACUGCAACACCCGCUUCUGGAGGAUUAUUUGGUUCACAAACAGCUACACCUGCCUUUGGAACUGGAACAGGAUUAUUUGGUGGCACAACUACAUCUGUAGCCCCAUCGCUUUUUGGAAACACAGCAACUACUGGCUUUGGAGCUCCACCAAAUGCUGGAAUAGGAGGUUUUGGAACUACUCCAGGAGCUGCACCCCCGAAUGUAUCCGCUUUUGGAGUUCAACAAAGCACAGCACCUGCUCUAGGAGGUAUUGCUACUCCUACACCAGCUUUUGGAGCAAUGACAACACCUGCUUUUGGAGCAACUGCUGCGCCUACUUUUGGAGCAACUGCUACACCUACUUUUGGAGCAACUGCUACACCUACUUUAGGAGCUACUACAACUUCUUUGCCCAGUUUUGGAGCUGCAGCCACUGCCACAUCAAGUUUUCGUGCUGCUCCUGCUACUCAAGCUUCUGGGGAUAAAACAUUUAGUCCCUUAUUUGGAGCAACAUCUACUGCAGCCCCAACUUUUGGAGCAACACCAACAGCUACACCUAGUUUUGGUUUAACAACAAGUGCUGCUCCAACAUUUGGGGCAAUCGCCACUGCUGCUCCCACAUUUGGAGUUGCCACUACUGCAGCACCUACAUUCGGACUUGGAGCUGCAACUGCUCCUUCAUUUGGGGCUGCUACUACCACAGCUCCAAGUUUGGGAUUUGGCACUGGAAUUACAACAACCAGCACUUCUUUAAAUACUAGCUUGGGAUUUAAUCUUGGAGCAACUACCACCAGUACAGUGGCUACUACUAGUAGUACCACCACAACACCUUCCGUUGGUCUAGGAGGACUAGCUACUACACAAGCCAAAGUAGUAACCGCACAAAAAGAUGUCACACCCAAAGAUCAACCACUUCCUAACGAACUUCUCCAAACUGUAGAAGCCUUCAAAGGAUUCGUGAAGCAACAGAAAGUAUACAGUUCAGACAUAUCGAAAUGUUCAAUUCGAGAUUUUAAGAAAGUAGAACAAGACAUCAAGCAGUUGACGACUCUCCUGAAGGAAGUGGAACAUCAGCUACAAAUAAACAGGCAAUUAGCAGAAAAUUUAAAAUAUGAUACAGCGAAAUGUUUACAAAAUGUAGAAAUAGCACAACGAACUCAAGACACUCCACCUGGUUUGCAGUACGAAAACACAGAACCUCUGAAGUUUUUCCUGAAUCUUGCGGACAAAUUUGAAAGGGAUAUGCAGGCAUUAAAAUCUCAAAUAGAAGGAGCCGAAAGUUACGUCAAAAAUCACAGAAAUCCAAACCCCGUGACGUCUCAGGAUAUGGCGUUGGGAAUGCGCAGACUCCACGAAUCUUUCGUCGCUCUAGCGGGUCGUCUACACUCGGUUCACUCUCAAGUAGAAUCGCAGAAAGAAGCGUAUCUGCAGAUGCGAAAACAGUUAUACAACGACAAUUCCAAUCCUUUCGACAGUCACGAAGGAAACCUCAGCCAUAUUUUCAAUUAUCCUUUGCCGAAAAUCGCUACUGGACCAACACCUUUCAGUAAUUUGUCUUUAGGUAGUACACCACUAUUUGCUGGACAACAAAAUCAAAGUACGAUGUCUUUCUCGACGCCUACGACUGCAGCGUCAGGCUUCGGAAGUAUGACAUUUGGCACAAGUUGUUUUGUAAGCCAAUUGGGCGGGAAUUCGUCACAGUUGUUUGCCGCGCCAUCUCUAGGACAAACUACGAAUAGUUUUCAGUUGCAAAAACCUCCCACUGGAAAUAAAAGAGGAAAACAGUAGUUUAUAGUUAACUUUGUUAGCUCACAUUGUCAUAAAUAUGAACCUAUUACUUUUAUAUAUAAAAAAUAGAACUUACUGUUAUUUUUGUAUUUGUAUUUUUGAUAAUUUAGGUAAUUUUAAUAUUUGUCGAGGAAUAUUUUAAGGCGAAUAAAUGAUCAAAACGAAGUAAGGAAUUUAAAUUUUGGUUACUUUGCAAGUCCUUUACAUUGUACAAUAUACUCUCUUUUAUGUGCUUAUUUUAU